CUACUAUGUUCAUGUUAAGAAGUGGUUUAGUCUUUUUCCAGAUCAAGCUUCCUUUUUAUUGCUGCAGAAGACUUCUUUGCGUCUCCCCUUAAAGUUGGAGAGAAGGUUUGGGAUUUUCUUGGAGUUUCGAAGCCACCAAAAGUUGAGAACUUGAAUGAUUGGGUUAGCAAAAGGCGAAACUCACAAGUUAAAUUUAAUUAUCGCCAUGAUGCUCACCUCCAAAUGCUGACACGGACAAAAAAUAAACUUAAAAUAUUCUUCAAAAAUUUCAAUGAAAAGCUAGUCCAGUUACUAAAUGAUGAGAAUCACUCAUGGAGCCACUCAUGGCAAGAAUAAUAGUGCAGUUUAAAAUAAAUGCAUUUCAUGCAACUAUACAUGUAUUCACUGCAAAACUAGCAUAUUGUAUGCAUAGUCAUACUUCUUGUCUUGGAGUGUGUACAAUAGUUCUUUCUAUUGUCACCACUUUACAGUAGCCAUUAUAGUAUGGUAUGUAUUCACUGUCAUAGAUUUAUUGCAUCUCAGUAUCAUAUAGACUAUAGCUCUGUACCCUUUAUAAAAAAAUACAAUUGUUGUUAUUCACUAUUCAGCUGUUAUAUAGUCAACUCUACUAUAAAAUGCAAGAUAUGCAUUGUGCUAAGCAGUCUGGCCUGUCUGCAAACAUGACCACCUUUUAUUCAAUACAUUUUAACAUCCAUUAACUCUAUUCAGUAUUUUACAUAUAGUCCCCACAUAUUCAACUUGACUAGAUAUUCUAUACUUGAGGGUAAUAUUGGAGUAUUAAGACAUGGUUCGUGUGUUUCGAUCUUUUAGAGUGUGCUUGCUAUUCUUUUUAAUUUUGACUGUAUUGCUUUAUUUACAGCUUCAAGUAUUGAUCAAGGGAAGAGGAGAAACUGUACCUCGUGUCAGAACAAGACACAAAGCUACACUUGAAGAAGAGAUAAAGGGAAAGCUACAGAAAUGCUUUGAUUCACUCAAUUUAUCCAAAUUUGUCAACAAAGGAAAAGCAUUGGAAGAUGCUAUUAGCUUUAUUAAGUUGCUCAAAACAGUUCUUCCUUCACCAGAGCAGAGCAACAUUAACAGUCAAAGUAUAUGCUGGAAUAUUAGUAUCAAUCUGAUGCUACAUUCUAAUGAUACUCUGUUUGGGAAUAUCAAUUCACACCGCAUUUAUAUCAAUAUCAAUUCUGAUCCUUCAUUUUUUGAUUCCAGACAAUAUUAUGCUGCCAUGUUAAAGAAUGUUAUCCUAAAGCAUAACGGAGUGCACAAAAAAAGACUUUGUAUUCCACGUGUGUUCUUGGCAGGUUUCCCUAAGUCUGGAUCGACAGCACUUGAUCGAAUGUUAACAUAUCACCCUAAAAUAGAACAUGGACUCUCUAAAGAGCCAAGAUGGUGGAUACCACCUUAUCUUCAUCCAAACAUUCACUCAUUUCAACCGACAAUAGAAUAUUUUGUUAAAUAUGUAUUACAACAAUAUAAGCCACCAAAAGCCAAGUACUGGGUGACAAAUCAUGAUUGGGUUAGCAAAGGGGAAAACUCACAACUUUCAUUUGAUUAUCGUCGUGAUGUUCAUCUCCAGAUGUCGACAUGGACAAGAAUUAAACUUAAAAUAUUCUUCAAACAUUUCAAUAAAAAGCUAGUCCAGUUACUAAAUGACAAGAAUCACUCAUGGAGCCACUCAUGGCAAGAAAGAUAA